AGCUUUAGCCUGACAAUGGCAAACCAUAAGCUGCUCCUCUCUUUGCUCUCCUUUCUCUUCUUGCUCGCCCUCAGGAUGGCCAUGGCCGCAAAAGAUGUCAUAUCAGUGAGAGUGGGCGUAGUUCUUGAUUUGAAGUCUCCAGUAGGAGGAAUGGCAGAGCUUUGUAUGUCCAUGGCGCUCUCAGAUUUUUAUGAAGAGAAUGAUAAUUAUACUACACGACUCGCUCUUUCCACCAAGGAUUCUGGGGAUGACGUCGUCGCUGCAGCAUCUGCAGCACUGGAUUUAAUCAAGAAUGAAGAAGUGCAGGCCAUCAUAGGACCUCAAACGUCAGCACAAGCUAAGUUUGUGAUUCAACUCGGAAGAAAAGCUCAAGUUCCCAUCAUUUCCUUCUCAGCCACAAGCCCCUGUCUUUCUCCAUCCCAAAACCCGCUUUUCAUUCGCACAGCACAAGAUGACCGCGCACAGGUAAAAGCCAUAGCAGACAUUGUCCGUGCCUACGGUUGGCGGGAAAUUGUCCCGAUUUAUGAAGACACAGAAUAUGGCAAUGGCUUAAUUCCAUAUUUGCUAGAAGCUUUCCAAGAGAUUGACGUUCGGGUGCCUAACAGAAGUGUCAUUCCUUCAUCUUCUAGCACUAGGGAAAUCAGUAAGGAGCUUAACAUGUUAAAACAAAAAUCUCGUACAAGAAUAUUCAUUGUGCACAUGACUGCUUCACUUGGCUCCAAGCUCUUUGUACAAGCAAACAAUGCCGGAAUGAUGAAGGAAGGGUAUGGAUGGAUCAUCACGGCAGGGUUAUCAUCUUUGCUAGAUCCUAUGGGCUCAAAGGUCAUGUACUCAAUGCAAGGUGUAUUGGGACUUCGGCCACACAUACCCAAGUCAGAAAAAUUGGAAGAUUUCAAAAGAAGAUUGAAAAGAAAUUUAACAUCAAGCAAACAAAACAAUAAGAGUACUGGACUAAACCUCUUUGGAUUGUGGGCAUAUGAUACAGUUUGGGCUUUGGCUAUGGCAGUGGAGAAGGCUGGCAUUGUGCGUUCCAAGUUCUUGAAGCAAAAUGCUUCCCAAAGUAAUGUUGAUCUUGCAGCUUUAGGCAUUUCUGAAAUGGGUCCAACGCUCCGUAAUACAAUUCAAAUUACCAAAUUUCAAGGCCUUAGUGGGAAUUUCCAUUUAGUCAAAAGGCAGUUGGAACCUUCAGCCUUUGAAAUAAUCAAUAUCAUAGGAAAAUCCGAGAGAGUUAUUGGAUACUGGACACCAAGAGGGCUUUCACAAGAAUUGAAUGAUACUGGUGAAGUGGCACGCCCAAUUUUAAAGGCUAAAUUACUUAAGCAGCCUAUUUGGCCGGGAGACACGACAGAUCAGCCGACAAAGCUGAGGAUCGGAGUUCCGGUGAGACGAGGUUUUUUUGAAUUUCUGAAAGUGGAACGGCAUAAUCGUACUGAUAAACCUACAGUAUCAGGGUUCUCCCAUGACGUGUUCCUUGCUGUACUAGAUGCAUUACCAUUCCCUCUUCCUUAUGAGUUUGUUCCCUUUGUGAACAAGGAUAGGGCCUACAAUACGCUUCUUUACCAAAUUAAACUCAAGAAGUAUGAUGCUGUGGUUGGAGACACAACAAUUGUGGCAAAUCGCUCCACAUAUGUUGAUUUUACUUUGCCAUAUUCAGAAUCAGGCGUGUCAAUGGUGGUUUUAAUGAAAGAUAAUGAGAGGAACAACUUUUGGAUUUUCUUGAAGCCCCUAAGCUUGGAUCUUUGGUUAGCAACCACUGCAGCAUUCGUCUUUACAGGUUUAGUGAUAUGGGUUCUUGAACACCGUAUAAACGGUGAGUUUAGAGGCCCCCCAGAGCAGCAACUUGGCACCAUAUUCUGGUUCUCCUUCUCUACACUAGUCUUUGCUCACAGGGAGAAAGUGGUAAACAAUUGGUCAAGAUUUGUGAUGAUCAUAUGGUUUUUCGCGGUACUCAUCCUGACACAAAGUUAUACAGCAAGCUUAACCUCAAUGUUAACGGUACAGAGAUUGCAGCCUUCAUUUGUUGAUGUAAAAGAGAUACAAGAGAGGGGAUAUUUUGUUGGAUAUCAACAGGAUUCCUUUGUUAAAGAGCUUCUAACAAAACAGUUGAAUUUCCAUGAGUCCAAGUUGAAGGCUUAUAUAACUCCUGAGCAGUAUCAUGAAGCACUGUCAAGAGAAAGGGUUGCAGCUAUUUUUGAUGAAAUCCCUUACAUUAAGCUCUUUCUUGCAAAGCAUUGCUCUAAGUACACAAUGGUUGGACCCACCUACAAAACCGAUGGAUUUGGUUUUGCCUUCCCACAAGGAUCUCCUUUAGUUCCUUACAUUUCAAGGGCAAUCUUGAAUGUGACCGAAGAUAAAGACAAAUUUCGAGGAAUUGAGGGGAAGUACUUUUCAAGUAAAACUCAUUGUGAAGAUCAAGGGGCAACAAUCUCUUCAGAUAGCCCUAGUCUUGGUUUGUACAGCUUCGGGGGCCUCUUCAUCAUCACAGCAGCGGCUUCCACCUCUUCACUCCUGGUUUAUUUGUUCAAGUUCCUUCACUCACAUUGGCCUACUUUGAGCACCAGCAAUACUCACGAGAGCUCCUUUUGGUGCAAAUUGCUUGCAAUGGCAAAACAUUUUGACCAGAAAGAUCCCUCUUCACUUGGCAUUGAGAUAAGUAAACCUAGGGUACAUGCCCUAGCAUGCCCUAAUGUCAUCGAGCCUUCACCUGGUAUUGAUCAUAGGGAGAACUACUCAAGAUCAUCCAAUUAUUGAAAAGAAAAAAAAAAUCUUUUUCUUUUUUUUUUUUAAUUUCGUAUGUACUCCUCUUUAACAAAAAAACAUAUAUCCACACGCACAAAAAAAUGCAAAUAAAGAUACAAUGCAAGGAAAAUUACCUCGGGGCACAUACCUCCAGAGCUGAAGAUCCAUCCAUAUAUAUGUUUUUAUGCAUAUAUCUCUUGUAGAAGGAAUGAAUAGAUAUGUAUAUAUAAAAGUCUAUUUAUUAUCUAAUUUUUUUUGUUUUUU